UACCAUGGUUUCGUUCUCGUGUGAGGUGUGCAAUGACACCGUGAUAAAGAAGAAGUUGGACCAACAUACCCAGAGGUGCUAUGGUGCCUACUUCACCUGUAUCGACUGCUCCGUAACUUUCCUGGGAACCGACUACAGACAGCACACCAGCUGCAUAUCCGAAGCUGAAAAAUACGAAAAAGCUCUAUACAAGGGCCCAAAGAAGCAGCCGCCCAAACCUAAGGUAGAGCAAACCACCAAGGUGGUUGAGAAGAAGGUUGAAAAGGUUGAAAAGGCUGAAAAGGCUGAAAAGUCUGAAAAGUCUGAAAAGGCCAGUAAGACUUCUUCCAAGAAAGCCAAGUCCCAAACUUUAACCGACUACCUCAAGCCCAAGAAGGAACAAAACUUAUACAAGGUCAUCAAAAAGGUAUCCCAAGAGAGCUCUCAAGAUAUCAAGGAACUCUUGAAGGCCUUGAAGGUCGUCAAAAACGCGGAUGGCAAGCUUGAAAUUAUCCAAUAGACAAGCUGUGCCUGAGUGCGCCCUAGCCCCCCAGUUGACCCCUGCACAUAAAAUUUCACUAAUAUUUAAUUCUUAUGUAUGAUACCGCCAAUUGUAAUAUUAUCGAACCAU